AUUUCAGUAGUUUGACAAAAGAUGACCAUUGCACAUGAUCCUGAGUGUAAUAGGCUGUUAAAGCACUGUGAAAUCUUUAACACAACAUGCAACCACUACUGGAAGGGAAUUGAGUCCACUUCUCCCAUUGAAAAAUAUCAGUGUCCGCACUUUCUGUAAAACAUGUCCGGAAAACUGGAGCCGUCCAUGUAUCUUUUCGACGUGCCACCGCUGGUGAUGGAGACAUUUUGUAAAGUGAUGGACAGCGGCUUUGACAGCCUCGGAUGGAGAGGUUUGGCGGCUCGCAUUCUGCCCAGCUGGCUGGAGGUCAGAUGCACAGAGAUGCACGUAGCUGCUGGAAGAAGCCCGACUCAUGAGCUGCUCUGGUCCUGGGCUCAGCAGAACAAAACUCUAGAGGAUCUGAUGAGGGUUCUGGAAGAUAUGGGACACCAUCGAGCACUCGAUCUUUUCCGUUCUCACGGUGCGCACAUUGGAUACACAUACAAAGACACACCACACGCCUCUUUAGCCCAGAAUAUUUCUAAGCCUCAAUCGCAUGACGAAGAACCAAGACUGAGUUCUGAUCCUAAACAGGAGUCUGUGUUUGGUGAAGGCAGACGACAAAAGGCUUUGAUCACUUACUUAGAGGUCAAAGUGGGAACCAGGAACUUCCACCAGGAUAUGAAAAUUGCUGACAGUACGUUUGCAGAGGUUUACCAGGGAAGACAAGGAAACAAAAGCUUUGCUGUGAAGGUUUUCAAGCAGGGGAACAAGAAGUCUUGGAAGGAUUUGUGGAAAAAGUUCAAGACAGAAAUUGAAGUUUUAAAUUUCUUUGAUCAUCCCAACAUCUUGGAGCUUUGGGGUUGUUUUUCAGAGGAUGAGCGCUACUGUUUGGUCUAUCCGUUCAUGUCUAAUGGAUCUCUGUUUCAUAGACUGCAUAAUGAGGAAAGCGGGAGCCUCCUGUCAUGGCAGCAGAGACUUAAUAUAAUCAAAGGCACAGCAAAUGCUGUACAUCACCUGCACACUGCUCAACCUUGCAUGGUUAUCUGUGGAAACAUCACAAGUUCAAAUAUUCUGCUGGAUGAACGCUUACAGCCCAAGCUGUCCGAUUUUGGAAUGGCUCGUCUCAGACCCCACACUGUUAACCAGAGCUGGACCAUCACCAUGGACACAGGUUCUCGCAGCAACCUGGCCUACUUACCAGAGGAGUAUAUACGUGAUGGAAAAUUAUCUGUCAAAUUAGACAUUUACAGCUUUGGUAUGGUCAUUCUGGAGACAUGCACAGGCAAGAAAGUGGUACAAGAGACAGUAAAGCAAACAUUACUGAGGGAUGAGCUGAGUUUAGAGGCAGAAGAGAAGGGCUCUGUGGAUGCCUGUCUAUGCUUUCUGGACUCCAGAGCAGGAGAGUGGCCCACCGCAGCUGCCCUCUGCCUGCUCCGCCUGGGUCUGGAGUGUACAAACAGCCGAGCGCGAGUCAGACCAAGCAUGGACAAUGUGUUAGCGAAGCUUAGUGAACUUCUCCCUUUGCCCUUUGCCCUGGAUGAUUGUCCACGUACCCUGGCUGACAUGACAUCACCUUCUGUACCUGUUGCUGAUCAUAGAUUGAGCUCCAGCAUGCCUGAGGAGGACGAUGAGCCUAAGAUGAACAAAGAGUCCAAACCUCUAGAAUGCAGCCAGUCAGAGGUCACGUUCAUGGAUAAGAAAGAACAUUACAGAUGCCUGUCCAGCAGCUCUGUCACGAACGGGAGGAGAGAAGACUCAGUUGUGCAGUGCCAUCAGACAGAAUGCACCCCUGCACUGGAUCUAUACAGCAGCUGGCCUGUGGAGUGCAGCUGCGCAGCCGGAGCAGAAACAUGCUGUGAGGACUGCUGGGCCAAUGGCUUUAGCCACAAUCCGUCCUUCAUCCCUCAAGAUGACAGAAGACAGCAUUGUGAAAGUACAAUAGAAAAUCCUGCUAAAAUGAGGCUCCGCUGUAAAAUCCAGUUGUACAACCAAGGCUUACUCAAGACGGAGGAACUGCUUUCAAUGACAUCAGACUGAUUCAGUAACUCUGUAUUGUCCGUAUCUGGGUUUGUACAUAUUUCAGCAAUACCUCAAUGCCUCAAAUGCAAAAGGAUCUUUUUUAUUUGGAACACAAUCUUAGCUAUUUAAGUCUCUUAAAAUAUUGUAUUUUAAGGUUACCGAUAUCGAUACUUAGCAAAAAAACCAAAGAUGUACUGACGAUGAAUGAUCCAAUGCAGUCAUCACUAUCAUAUCAGUUUGUAUAGUUUACAUAAUAUAAUAUAUUUAAUAUUUAAUUAUAUAUUUUACUUGUUGGUGUGUGUAUAACUGUCUGUACUUUCAGACAGUGUAGAAUAUAAGAACAUUUUUAAAAUAAAAACAUUUGUAAAAUGAACUAAUCCUUAUGUAGCAGCAGGCUGUAUGAUGAACACAACUUAUAAGAAAAAAUGUGAAAAGGCUUUUUUCAAACUUUUUUAAAUAAGCAUGCGAAUUUUCUAGGGAUAUAAGAUAUCAAAGAACAUGCACAAGGCAUUGAUGAUGUGUAAGCUUGGUUAAAGUGAUAUUAUAUAGAGAUUAGACAAUAAUAUCCUGUUAGAUAUCUUGCUAUUAUUGCUAUCUUCCUGUUAGAUAUUGUGCUUGGAAAUGCAUAAUCUGCUUUAAUCUGCUUUUCACUUUGAACAGUGGUCAUUUCAUCUUUACAUUCCCCCUAUCAUUUCCUAAAUUAUUGUUGUUGUUUUUUGUCAUUUGUCUGUAAAACCCAUUUAAUAAAUUAAAUUUAGUGAAAUUGA